AAUGACACGUUGUCUGCUACAUCCUACUGCGUCCCGUAGUUUCGCAUUGCUACUCUUUUGCUGGCAUCCGGCACUGAAACUGACGCGAUAUGGCCAAUUUCGUCUCCGCCCGCGACUUCACCGUCGGUUGGAUCUGCGCUCUGCCCAUCGAGCUAGCAGCCGCAUCCGAGAUGAUGGACGAGGAAUUCGCCGACCUACCGUCCCAGCCGGCCGAAUCCAACCUCUACUCCUUCGGCCGAAUCGGCGUUCACAACGUCGUGGCUGCUUGUUUGCCUGCCGGCCAAAUGGGCACGAACCAAGCAGCCACGGUGGCCAGCCAAAUGAAAACUAGCUUCCCGUCGCUGCGGUUCGGCGUCCUCGUCGGCAUCGGCGGUGGCGUCCCGAAUCUCGAAGACGACAUCGAUAUCCGGCUCGGCGACGUUGUCAUCAGCCAGCCGGCAGGGCAGCACGGCGGAGUGAUCCAGUAUGAUUUUGGGAAAACUGGAGCCGACGGUCGCAUCGCUCGCACCGGUAGCCUCAAUGCGCCACACACGAUCCUCCUUAACGCCUUGGCCAAGCUCCGCGCUAAUGACCUUCGGCGCAAGACACAAGUUCUCAAGCAUCUGUCUCAGCUCUCUAGUCAGCCAGAGUUUGCGUCGCCAGGCUCUGAGAAAGACACCCUCUACGAUGCAUCAUCGCCGCACAUCGGCACAGCUACAUGCGCAAAAUGCCAUCCAGCAGACGUAGUGGAUAGGGACGCGCGAGCAACUACGAAACCGGUCCUCUUCUUCGGCAACAUCGCAUCCGGGAACCAGGUGAUGAAGGAUGGCCAGACGCGCGACAGAUACAGUCACGAGCUAGGAGGUGUCUUAUGCUUUGAGAUGGAGGCAGCCGGUCUAAUGAAUAACUUCUCUUGCAUUGUCAUUCGUGGCAUCUGCGACUACGCAGACGCGCAUAAGAACAAGCAGUGGCAACCAUACGCAGCAGCGACGGCUGCAGCAUACGCUAAAGAGCUGCUGAACACCAUCCCACCGCUGACGUCUAGCAACCUAGACAAGCCAGAGGAUUCUCAUCAGAAACCCUACUUCAUUGUCCCAUUUGGACGAAACGAAAACUUCGUUGGCAGAGAUGCGAUCUUGACGCGGCUCCUGAAGCGGAUACCUCCGAGUGCCAACAAAGACGCCUGUCAGAGGACUGCGAUUGUAGGCCUUGGAGGAGUUGGCAAAACACAGGUCGCGAUCGAAGCCGCCUACCGCGUUCGCGAUGCACACCCAGGCUGCUCCGUGUUCUGGGUUCCGGCUGUAAACACCGUCAUGUUUGAGAAUGCAUAUCGUGACAUCGGCCGGGCGCUCAAUAUCCAAGAUAUCGAGGAUGACCAGGCAGAUGUCAAAGGCUUGGUCAAGGCUACAUUGGAACGUGGCAAGAUUAAGAGCUGGCUUUUGAUCGUCGAUAACGCCGACGACACAGAGCUGCUAUUUACCAGCUCCAAGCUCACGAGCUAUCUCCCUUCUAGUCGGAAGGGCUCUAUCCUGCUGACAACGCGAAACCAUCAGGCCGCGGCAAGAUUCAGUGGUAGUCUCCCUUUGCGCCUAGUAGAAAUGGAUACCAAGGAAGCCACUAACCUCCUACGCAAAGGCUUGGAUGAGACCCAGUUUAGCGACAGUCAAAGCACGACACAGUUGCUCGAAUGCCUCACCUAUCUGCCUCUAGCCAUACGACAGGCAUCGGCUUACAUGGCUUCUAACAGAACCGUGACUAUAUCCAAAUAUCUAGGAUACUGCAAGGCUAGUAGCGACAAGCUGGUGAAGCUGUUGAGCAAGGACUUCGACGACCAGGAUCGAUACGAAGAUAUUCGGAACCCGGUGGCCACAACGUGGCUGAUCUCCUUUGAUCAAAUCUCAAGAGAUAACGCACUUGCGGCAAAGUACCUCAGUUUCAUGUGUCAUCUUGCAGAGAAAGAUAUCCCACGAGCUCUUCUGCCCCCUGAAAGAGCUCUUCUGCGCUCUGAGAAUGACGAAACGAAGACAGACGACGAAAUGAAAACACACGACGAAAUGGGAACACACGACGAGUGGGAGACAGACGAUGGAAUGGAAACAGACGACGAAACGGAUACAGACGACGAAAUGAAUGCUGAUGAAGCAAUAAGCACGCUAAUAGCCUACGCCUUCAUUCUGCAGCGUGAUACUGCGGAUAGGUUUGAUAUCCAUCGACUGGUGCGCUUAGUGAUGCGAAACUGGCUAAGGGAGCAAGAGAGGGAAGAAGAGCAAGUGACAGAGACAAUUUACUGGCUUUGCGAGAGGUUUCCUUGGCCAAAGCACGACAAUAGGAAAGUCUGGAUGGCCUACUUGCCGCAUGCGCAAGCGGCGCUUCAAGUGGAGAAUUGGUGCACAAACGACGAGUUGCUAUGUGACCUACUGUGCAGUAUAGGGGAAAGUAACAAUCUGCUUGGAAAAUACGCCGAGGCAGAGCAAAUACAUCGACAGACACUCGAGCUGAGGGAGAAGGUGCUGGGACCAGAGAAUCCCGACACACUCACCAGCAUGGACAACCUAGCGGUCGUGCUCGGAAGCCAGGGAAAGUACGACGAGGCAGAGCAGAUGCAUCGACAGACACUCGAGCUGAGGGAGAAGGUGUUGGGACCAGAGAAUCCCGACACACUCAUCAGCAUGAAUAACCUAGCGGUCGUGCUCGAAAGCCAGGGAAAGUACGACGAGGUAGAGCAAAUGCAUUGGCAAGAACUGGAGCUUUGCAAGAAGGUGCUGGGACCAGAGAAUCCCUCGACACUCACCAGCAUGAACAACCUAGCAGGAGUGCUCCAAAGCCAGGGGAAGUACGACGAGGCAGAGCAGAUGCAUCGACAGACACUCGAGCUGAGGGAGAAGGUGUUGGGACCAGAGAAUCCCGACACACUCAUCAGCAUGAACAACCUAGCACUCGUGCUCGGAAGCCAGGGAAAGUACGACGAGGUAGAGCAAAUGCAUCGACAGACACUCGAGCUGUAUCAGAAGGUGCUGGGACCAGAGAAUCCCUCUACACUCAUCAGCAUGAAUAACCUAGCAGGAGUACUCGAAAGCCAGGGGAAGUACGACGAGGCAGAGCAGAUGCAUCGACAGACACUCGAGCUGAGCGAAAAGGUGCUGGGACCAGAGAAUCCCGACACACUCAUCAGCAUGAAUAACCUAGCGGUCGUGCUCGAAAGCCAGGGAAAGUACGACGAGGUAGAGCAAAUGCAUUGGCAAGAACUGGAGCUUUGCAAGAAGGUGCUGGGACCAGAGAAUCCCUCGACACUCACCAGCAUGAACAACCUAGCAGGAGUGCUCCAAAGCCAGGGGAAGUACGACGAGGCAGAGCAGAUGCAUCGACAGACACUCGAGCUGAGGGAGAAGGUGUUGGGACCAGAGAAUCCCGACACACUCAUCAGCAUGAACAACCUAGCACUCGUGCUCGGAAGCCAGGGAAAGUACGACGAGGUAGAGCAAAUGCAUCGACAGACACUCGAGCUGUAUCAGAAGGUGCUGGGACCAGAGAAUCCCUCUACACUCAUCAGCAUGGACAACCUAGCAGUCGUGCUCAGAAGCCAGGGGAAGUACGAUGAGGCAGAGCAGAUAAAUCGACAGACACUCGAGCUGAAGCAGAAGGUGCUGGGACCAGAGAAUCCCGACACACUCACCAGCAUGAACAACCUUGCACUCGUGCUCGAAAGCCAGGGGAAGUACGAUGAGGCAGAGCAGAUGCAUCGACAGACACUCGAGCUGAGGGAGAAGGUGUUGGGACCAGAGAAUCCGUCAACACUCAUAACACAACGUAACCUCCAAGCUUGUUUGGACGCUUAGACAGGCUUCAGUUCCCCGUCUAUCGUAGAUUGAUUUCACCUUAUGUACAGUAUCUCCCAGAUCGUAGAUAAAUGCAUCAAAUUUUAUAUGGUGAGCCCGUAAGCCAAUUCAGGCUUGAAGCCAGUCAGAGAACUACCUCAGGAAGGAGGAUAUGCACUGUAACCGAAAGAGGCAAAGA